AUAUAGUUUACAAUUUAAGUAUCGAACUACACAGGCAUAUUGAUCAUGCGAUCGGUCGUGUCAUUAAAUUGAAAUAUUGCGUGCGAAGGUGUUUGGAUUUAACGAAAUAUAAACCGUUGCUUACGUAGUUGUUUUAAAAAGGAAAUGUCUUUGCAGAUACGUUUGUCCAUAAUUGCAUGGCUCGCAAUGGUGAUUCGACCGUCUCUAGAAGUUAUUUUAGACAAAAAGAAAGAAGAGAUUCAUUUACCAAUAGAAUGUUCUUUUAACGGCGACAUAUCCUUUAAAUUCACGAGCAAACUAUCCAAAAAAACACAGACAAUUGCAGCUUGCAGUACAACUAUAAACAGCUGUUACUUGAGUGACCAACUCCUGGCACAAAGAUACGCAAUAUCAAAAUCCAAUGUUGGUGGAGAACUUUUGAUAAUUGAGGUCAGUGAAAAUUCUUUCGGAACGUACACUUGCUAUGAGACUUACAAUUCCACGAAUUCGGCUGCCGUGGAUGUUGGUGCAAAUGAUCUAGACACGUCAAGGUGUGCCGCAGCAUGUACAGUUGUCGAAGCAAAUUCUUCCUCGUCCAUUGGCUUAAUAUUAGCUGGAGUUCAGACAUUGUUGUUAAUUGCCUGCAUUGCCUGCGUAAUAUUCAGAGUGAAUUGUAAAGCUUUUUGUACAAAGAGAAAAGAAUUGGAAACGGAAGACACAAGCGACGACUUUACAAAAAUUGAUUGUGAGGAUGAAUUAUUAAAAGAUUCGAGAGCUAAACAUGUUAGUUAUGAUGGUAUACAAUUAGACUCUGAAAAUUUCUAUAUGGCUGCAGUACCACUAGUGCAGACUUCUUACAAAACUAAUGAAACAAACAUGCUGAUGCAAUCGAAAAGUGUGCCUACAGAUCCAUACCUGCAGUAUAAGUACACCACCCAUGAAACACACAAGUUAACACAACCACAAAGAGUUCCUUUAGCUGCAGACCCACCUAUAAGGCACCCGUAUUUUUCCACGAACACAACUACGAAAACGUCAUCGCGAAGUGUGAAUCAUCGAUUGGCAAAUUCCAGAGCUGGCAUGCCUCAUCGCAGCCAGAAUAAUCGUUUCAACGUGUAGAAAGCCAACUUAAUAUGAUUGAAAAAUGAUGCACGCUGGGUAAUUGAAGGCAAACAUAUGAUUCAGAAAAUCAAAUGAAAAAAAGAAAUAUAAUUUUAGUAUAAAUGGAAACUUAUCAAGUUUGUACAUACGACAUGUAAUUUAAUUCAAUGCAAGUGUCGAAUAUGAUGACUUAUAUAAAACAAAAAGUGCUCGUUCCCGUUUUAGUGUAAACUGAAUUAUUAUAUACUAACAGUAUUUAUGCUUGCUUCCUUUGGAUAUAUGAUUCAAUGCGGAACAGUUAAAUAAAAAAAAAUAACCACACACAAAUCCCAAAAAGUAACACAAUAUGAAAACAUCAUACAUAAAUAUGUAUACCUGCAUGAAACAGGUUUUUAAGCGUCUGACUCGUAUGUUGAUUUAAAAUAGGAAAUACAGUAUUUGGUUGUAAAUAUAACAUUUUUUCGUAUUUUUAAUUUUAUUUGAAGUUGUAUGUUAUUUGUUUUGUUUUGACAGCUAGUGUCAUUUAAAUCGUACAAUCGCACACGACCACUGAUUUUCAGCAUUAUAAUAACGAUUUAGUCGUCUGUUAAUAAUACAAUUUUCCAUUUAAUAUUUGUAGUAUAUGUAUAACAUUUAAAAACAUUGUUCUUUUAGCAAUGUAUUAUUUUUGAUAUAUAUUUUGUAUUGAUUUACAUCUGAACACACUAAAUUGUUCAUUUUUAAGUUUAAGUAAAACAAUUGAUAUAGCAUCUUUCAAUUUCUUUGCAACCAUUCCUAUUUGAAUGACUUCAAUUGUGUGCUUUGUCUUAUUUUAGCCAGUUUCUGUAUGUGUGUUGCAUUAUAUAUAAUAUAUGUAAAUACAUUUAUUCUCGAAGUAUUUCCCGAAUUAUCGAUGUUAAG